CGAAGCUGGAUAUGCCAAUAUGGGACUUGACCUGGACCUCGAGUCUGGACGCUGGGCGCUGGAGCUACCUUCGAAUCAGACUGGUUGACUGGAUCCCGACUACUCGCUUUGUUCCAUUCUUUCUUUCUGCCAGAUCCCACAUCCCUCAAAGUCUACCUUACCUCUUCAUCAAAGUUCAACAACUUCUCUCUUCUGACAGAUCCUUUCAACUACCCACGCGGGCACUUCUCCGCCCUCUCCAAUCCUAUCAACCGUCUCUGACUCCCUAUUAUCCGGAUACUUGCGAGUACUCUGUACACCGUACAUACGGUCACAUUUCCGCAUGUCCCACAUGGUGUACGAACCAAACUCGGCAAACCCAUCCGUGGCAACUUACAUUCAAAUCGACAUCAAGCCAUGGUUCGUCGUCGGCUACAGGCGUUUGCUCCAACUCAAGAAUCAGGGAGAAGCCACGACUUAAGAUGCUCCAGAGCAAUAUACAUGCUACGCAUAUGCCGGAAGCUCAGCCGAACCCUGAGUUUCAAGCCGUUGAGUUGUUGGGCGUCGAUCUGCAACCAACUUACAACGUACGAGUACCACUUGCUGCUUCCGAGUCCAAGGAAUCUCGAACCCGCACCGUGCCGGACGACAUGGUCAUGGCUUGAUGUUGCGCCUCGGCCAUUCUCUCUCUC